UGCUAACACGUGGACCAACUAGGCGUGGUCGAGCCCACCCAUAGUAAGCAUUGGUAAUCAUGUUUUGGAAAAGAUUUAAUUCCAAUUUUAAAACAGGUUACCGUUUAUUUCUGUUCCAUCAAAAGCGAUUUGCUACUAAAUUUAAAGGCUCACAGCCUCAAAGCAAUCGUCACCUCUGGCUACUGAUAAUACCUUUUACCACUUUCGGACUCGGAACUUGGCAAAUUUUUCGUCUCCAAUGGAAGGUUGACCUCAUUGACAGACUGGAGAGGAAGAUGUUAAAAUCUCCUGUCCCAAUUCCAUUUGACAUAAAGGACCAGCUGGAGGAGUUUGAGUACCGGAGGGUGACGCUAACCGGGAGCUACGACCACAGCCGAGAGAUGCUAAUGUGGCCAAGGGUCCAAAUCAAUGAAGAGAAGAAACCGAUACCAGGAAAUAGAGGAAGUGAACCAGGGGCUUUUGUCAUUACACCUUUUCAUUGCAAUGAAACAAAAAGUGACGUAUUAGUAAACAGAGGGUGGGUACCUAAAGCAAGAAUGGAUCCAAGUAUGAGACCACAUGGUCAAGUUCAAGGAGAAAUAGAAAUAACAGCUAUAGUGAGGACUGGAGAUACACGUGGGCUCUUCGGACCGAAGAACGAACCAGAGAAUAACUACUGGGCCUGGAGAGAUUUGGAAGCAAUGUCAAACCACGCCCACACUGACACUAUAUGGGUUGACGCUGAUGCAACUACAACAGUAAAGGGUGGCCCGAUUGGUGGCCAAACUAAAGUUAAACUGAGAAAUGAGCACCUUCAAUAUGUAUUCACAUGGUAUGCAUUGAGUUUAGCAACUGGUUACAUGUUCUGGCAGCUUUGGAAAAAAGUGAAGAAAAGAUGAAACUUGAACUGCUUUAGUUUUGUUGUAUUAAAGUCAGUAUUGUUAAUAACUAGCCACACCCAUUAA